AUGGAGAAAAAUGCCCCAGUAUCAAAGGUCAUUGCGCUGGCCACGAUGCCACAACAAGCUGGCGUUCGAACCGCCGAAGAUGAUUGGACAGGGGUCAUAGACCCGAAGGAGCGAAGGAAAUUACAGAAUCGGCUGAACCAACGACGCUACCGGAUGCGAAAACAUGAUCCAUCAGGAUCACAUGCUUCAGCUCGCGUUAAUGCUGAGACCUCAUUCUUCAAGUCCCCUUCAACCGUAUCGUUCCCCUUCAUCUCAAAUGCGACCCGAGGGGGAUACGAUGAUAUAUUCGAAUGCGCCAACGCGCCACCUCAUGCACGUCGCUUUCGGGAAUGGUUUGAAGCUACAGCCUACCAAAGCUAUUUGCAUGGCAGUCCUCAAAGAGACCAUCUAAUAAGUCUCAGCCGAGUCAAUGUUCAUCGCGCCAUCAAUGAAAAUAUUGCUGCUAUAGGGAUGACCACUGAUUGGAUGAAAAGUGAUGAUUCCAUUUCCAUCUUCAAUCUCAUACAACCUGGCUUUACAGCCGAGGGGAUACCACCUAGCUUGCAGCCAACCGCUGUCCAAAUGCAAAUACCGCACCAUCCCUGGCUGGACUUCUUUCCAUUCCCGGGCAUGCGUGACCGUUUGAUCCUGGCUGGUGAUUCGGGAUCCGUGGUUUACGGUCCCUUGAACUGCGAUGUUGACUUUGAUUAUUCAACAUUGAAAGGACAAACAGCUAUUGUCACAGGCGGUGCAAACGGACUCGGCGAAGCUUAUGUUCGCUCGCUCGUCACUGCAGGGGCUGUUGUGUGUAUCGGUGAUCGUGACAUCAAGGGAGGGCAGAAACUCGAAGCAGAGCUUCCAGGUGUGAAAUUCUUCGAAUGUGAUACCUCUAAAUGGGAAGAUCAAGUCCGACUAUUCCGUGGAGCUGUUUCAUUUUUUCCGAAUGGGAAGAUCUCAUAUGUGGUAGCUAACUGUGGCAUUCACCGAAACGAUGAAGUCUUUUCGUACUCCGGUGACGGUCAAGAACCGAAAAAGCCCGACUUGACAACAAUUGAUGUCAACCUCACUGGGACUCUAUACACGGCGAAAUUGGCGUCUCACUAUUUUAUCAAGCAGAAUGGACAGGCGCCAUCUUCAACCCAAGAAGAUACAUGUCUUGUGCUCAUCGGAUCAGGUGCAGCCUUUUUGGACUGCCCCCGUGCUCCUCAGUAUUGUGCCACCAAAUGGGCAAUGCGAGGGAUUAUGCAUUCUUUGCGACGAACAGCCUUUUUCUACGGAAGUCGAGUGAAUAUCAUCUCGCCUUGGUACGUCAAAACAAACAUUCUUUCAGAGGAGGCAUUUGCGCAUGUGGCUGGUGUGGGAGUGGAUUUCGCAGAAGCAUCCGACGCAGGGAACUGUUUGUUGCGAAUUUUGAGUGACACUGGUGUCAAUGGCCGUUCAUUAUUUGUUUGUCCAAGAAAAUGGGCCCCUCGGGGCUACAUGGACCUCGACUUGGAGGAUUACUCUGAUAAUUCCCUCCUCCAGGAGAUUCAAGCAGAUCAAGUGAAAUCUGCCCCUGUCGAGCUGGGUCUUUUUGUGUAG